CUCACGCUCGGAGUACAUGCAGGAGGGUAACGAUGGGAUCCUCAAGACGGUGGAGAAGGCGAACGAGUACUUCCAUAAGGUCAAACAGACGUCGGACGCGACAAUCGACUCACGUCUAUUGGUGUCGGCCGCCGACCUGUCGUUCAAAAAGACAGCGCACCUAGCACUAGGCGACUCGGCGGCAGGUAUUGAUGUGGACGAAUUCGUGUCCAAGUGCAUUGCGUUCAUGCGGCAGGGUUCUACGGACUCCUCUACAUCACUACGGCCGGCUGGUACACAGCGGCGCCGCCACGGCCGACCCUCCGGUGGCACCCAACGUGACCCAGACGACAGCGAGGACGAUCAGGGAGACGCGAUGAACUGGGACUGGCUGGGGCGGGCGGCGUGUUUCCCGCACAACGGCCGGCCUUGCGUGUCGGGCUUCCUACUCGGCCCGCUGUCGGUACAAAAGCGUACGCGGCAACAGACUCAGCGACGGGCGCGCGAACGCAUCGACCCGACACAGGCUGUCAAGCCACAGGAGCUGCGAGAAGAGGAUCUCGACAAGUUGGAAACGUCGAAUCUAACGCAGAUGUGCGCGGAGAUCAACAAACUCCUUUCGCAGACGCAGUUGCAGGGCCAGCAGGCGGUCGAGGCCGAGAUGUCGCAGAUGGCCGAAGAUGUACCUGCAGAAGUGGUGCAGGACGUCAUGGAGCAGCACUGCGUAGCCGACGACGGCGGGGUGCCAUUGUUCCAUUUCUGUCUCGACCCAGAGUCCUUCGGGCAGAGCGUGGAGAAUAUGUUCUACGUGAGUUUCCUGGUGCGAGACGGGUUGGCGGGCAUUGCGACGGACAGCAGGGGAUUACCAACGAUUCAUGCCGCCAAGCCAUACGCACCCAGCGAAGCACAGAAAAAAGGCAUCCAGAAACACCAAGCGGUGUUCAGCCUGGACUUUGAAACGUGGGAAAAACUGAUCGAAGUCUAUGGUAUCAAGAAAUCCGUCAUUCCGCACCGUGCCGAGGCAGCUCCGCCUGAGACGACGCGCCAGGGGUGGUACGGCUGAUUGUGCCUUUCAGGAGUGCAGAAGACCGAUAGAGAUACCCUGUACAGUGUAGAUAGAAUUAUUAUGAUUUAUGUUGCGACUCGUAUGAGCACAUGGUAGUCUUCCGUAUUAAUGAAUAGUCGUG